UAUAUGGUGUGUGCUGGCGAGCGAGGCGCUCGGAGCAGAGCGCUCAAAGCCCUGCUCGCCCGGCUCCUGUCCCUCGGACGAGGCCCAGCCUCCCCUGUGGCUCUGCAGCCCACGGCCACCCGGCACCUAUUGUCUCCACACUGCCUGGGAUGUGGCCAGUGCCAGCCGAGUGGACAUGAUCUUAAUCAAGGCCAGCAGCAGCCAUCAGGAUGGGCGAGGAGCCUGCUCAGUCACCGAGAAGGAAGUGCAGCAGUGGUAUAAGGGCUUCAUCAAGGACUGCCCCAGCGGGCAGCUGGACGCGGCAGGCUUCCAGAAGAUCUACAAGCAGUUCUUCCCGUUCGGAGACCCCACCAAGUUCGCCACGUUUGUGUUCAACGUCUUUGAUGAGAACAAGGAUGGGCGGAUUGAGUUCUCCGAGUUUAUCCAGGCGCUGUCGGUGACCUCCAGGGGGACACUGGACGAGAAGCUACGGUGGGCCUUCAAGCUCUACGACCUGGACAACGAUGGCUACAUCACCAGGAACGAGAUGCUGGACAUCGUGGACGCCAUCUACCAGAUGGUGGGGAACACGGUGGAGCUGCCCGAGGAGGAGAACACCCCUGAGAAGAGGGUGGACCGCAUCUUUGCCAUGAUGGACAAGAACGCGGACGGGAAGCUGACGCUGCAGGAGUUCCAGGAAGGGUCCAAGGCCGACCCGUCCAUCGUGCAGGCGCUGUCCCUCUACGACGGGCUGGUAUAGUGCUGCGGGGCCCGCGCUGGGAUGCCUGGGGACCAGUCUCCUCCUUCAGGGCCGCGAGGCCACCAGCCCGACUCCUCCCCGUGCCCCCCACCUUCCUCUGCGCCCGAGCAGCCACCCUUGAACUUGAGGCCCCGGCUCUCCUUGCCCCCUACCUGCGCCCACCUGCCGAAGCCACCGGCUCCAAUCGCCAACAACCUCUGCUUGUCCAAAAAAACAAAAAAUGACAAAACGGAUCGGAAGCCUCUAGCCCUCUGCAAGACCAAGGACUCGCUGCGGGCGGCAGCCUCGGGCUCCCCCUGUCUCCUGCGCCUGAGCUGCUUUUUUUUAUUUCAAAGGGACAUUUUAAAAGGAAAAAAAAACCCACUACCUUCUGUUCUAGAAGAUACUGACCGCUGGGGAGAAGGCCUGGGCUCAGGGAACUCGGCCUCCGCCUGGUCCCUCCGCGGCAGGUGGCCGGGGCUGGCGGCUGCCUGCUUCACGUCCUCGUCCUGUCCUUUAGCAGCAAGAGCCCGUGUGGCCGGGAUGGCUCCUCGGAUGACGACUAUUUUCUGUGAUGACAGUAUUGUGCUUUUCGUGGGGAAAGUGAGAUUUUUUCUUAAUAUUCAUAUAUAACUGAUAUCCUUUAUUUAUUGGUCGUAACUGUUGCUGCUGCCUCGGGUCCCAAGUCCCAGGGACGCGGGGCCUCCGUUCACACAUGCCGCCCUCACCCGCCUGCCCGCUCGCCGGGAGCCUGGUGGCCUGCAGCGGCCCAGAAGCCAAAAAACCGUUUUCUUUUUUUAGAUCCUGUGCUUGGUGUUGGGAGCAGGGGACGGUGGAAAUUCAUCAGCAGCUCCUGAACGGUUGUUCCUUCAGCCCUGAGGUUCCUGCUGGUCCCCGAGCCCUGCGCCUCUCCACCCCUCCUCCGCCCUCUGGGUCCUUAGCGAUUUUUUGAGGACAAACAGGGGACAUUUUUUGGCUUUCCAACCCUAUCUGUGUGUGUGUGUAUGUGUGUUGGCAGCAGCAGGAAAAUGGAGAGCCUCGUCCCAAGAGUGGGAUCCCACCAGGAGAGGGGCCGGGCACAGAGGCCGAGAGCGGACCAGCAGGGUCUCCCCCAUUCUGCUGUCCCACCUCCUUCUCCAGGAGACCACGUGGCAUUCUUCCCUGACCUGCUCUUUUCUCAGAUGCUGGGUACGGGGGCCCAGGCUACCCUCGAGACAGCCCCGCUCCCCGGCACGUGUCCUCACCAAGGGGGGGGCUCUGGAAAGAGCAGCCUCCAGGCUGGGGAGAGCCCGGCCCAGGUGUGGGGGGUGAGGUUCCUGCUUCUGCUCUGCCUCCUGGAGAGGGGCAGGGCUGGCCCUGGUUCUGCUCUGAAUUGCCCUUGGUUUCCACCUGGCUCCCAGGAGGCUGGAGUCUCCCCGCGAUGAACCUCAGAAGGCAGCCUCCAGCCAGAGGACGAUGCCCACUCCUGCUAGGCCCACGUGUCUUUUCCUGCUGGCUCCAUGCUCAUCCACCUUCAGAGAUCCCCCUCUUGCAUGGGAAGACCCUUGGGCUGCACUCUGGCCCACCCUCAGACCCCCACAGGACAGGGCAGUGGUCAGCCUUCAGAGGCCACUUUGAAGGCUGGCCUCCUGGAGGCCUGUGGGUCAACUUCCUGUUUGGCCACUGGGCCUAACCACCAAUCUCGGCAGUGCCUGGCUCUGGCUGGGGACCCUUGGACAGGGGUGGGUUUGGGGACUUGGGAGGAGAGGGUGGGCCUGAGGCCUUUCCUGGGUAGUUUCUUCUCCUGCCUCUGCCGGAGACUCGACUGGCCUUUGAUGGGGGACUGAUGGAAUUGUGUGUCCUCUCCUGGAGACACAGGGGCCAAGUGACUUGUGGCCGAGGAUUGUCCGGGGCCAGCCCAGGGCCCCUCCCAUAGGCGUCCACUGAGCCUCUGGGUACCUGGUCUUGCUCCCAUUAUCUUGAUCUUCUGGUUGGGAGCCACGGGUGUGGCUUUUGGUCCUGGUGGGCAGUUCUUAGGGUCACAGCCCCGUGUUCCCGUGGGCCCAGGCCUUGGCCACACCUUUGUCUCAUGCCCUGAGAGCCCUCAGCUGACAGAAGAGCCACCCUCCUUCCUGGCAGGGUAUGGGACGCUGGCCAUUUUUGCUCUAGGUUGCCAACAGGAACUGACUUUUGUCCCUUCCGGUCACCAGGUCUCUAGCUGUGGAGGUACCCUCUGAAUCCUAGGCCCAGUCCCCAGGGCCUCUCCCAGUGACAGUUCCCACCUGAGGCCCCUCCCCACCCGCUGCUGCUCUCUUUGGGUACAGCCCAGAGGCCACGCCCUGGUCCCUCCGUGAGCCUCCCUGCAGGGGCCAGAGGCAAGCACCAGCCUUUUUCUCCAUGUCUGCUCCCCACUUUGUGUUGACGGGGACUUAGAGAAAGUCACGAUUUCCCAAUAUUUAACCAGGUGACGUUUAAAAUAACAUCAAGGCAAACGUGUGUGUCAUCUGUGUGUUGACAUUUCUUCCCUGAAAGGCUCUGCAGUUGGACAGCUGAUUUCUUAGACAGGAGCACCUGGGCUUCAGGGGCACUGUCUCUUUUCUGGGGGAGAGGGUGCAGGAUGCUUAGGGACCCCUGGUGUCUCUAUUAGAGAAAGUCCUCCCAACCCCCUGCUGCAAAGUCCAAAGCCACCACCUUCCUCCAGUGUCAGCAUUUACGGGCUCCAGGACGAGUGGGAGCGCCCCCUCGUGGUGGUGGGCAGCAAAGGCGUCUGGGGGCUCCGACCUGCCCAACAGGUGGGGAGCCAAGGCUGGAGGCAGGGAGGCUAGGAGGGGGCUGUGACUGCAGAGGCCCUGGGUCCCCAGGCCCAUGUUUUUGGCAGCAUGCCCCCCAGAUGCCCCUCUGCUAGGUCAUCUCUGGGGCUAGCAAGUUAAGACACUGAUGGGAAGCUUUGCCCUCCUUUAUUUAUUUAUUUUUUUUAAUAUCUGCAGAAUAAACCCAAUGGUUGAUUUCUGAAUGAAUAAAAGGCUUUUGUUGAAUAAA